GCGAAAUAUGAAAUCCACCCGUACCUUGGCUAUAUUGUCUGGUAGCACGUGCUUUGCUCGCCACUCAUUUGGAUAUUUUCUACAGUAUUGCAAUCCGUCCCCCUUGUCUUUGUCUCGGGUUCGUGUGGUAACGCAACCCUCAUCGCGCUGCUGUUCUGCGUUUCUGACUUCAAGCAAUAAAGAACGCGUAGAACUUUAUAGCUCAAAAGUCAUGGACUUUCCGAUCAAGGUCCCUUCGGGAGGAGACUUCAUUGGGCUUUCCGCUACGUUUGAUACUGCAGGAAAUCUCAUACCGGUACCGGAAUACCUUAUACCGGAAAGUCUGGUAGAAUGGGGACAAGCUCCAACUUGCCUGGAAGUCAUCACAUCCGAAACCAGUGGUCCCGACGAAGAAUCGUAUUGGAAUCGCCAAGUUUUGACUAUUUACCCGGAAACGGGAUGUGCGAUUGACAAUCUCGAAGUGAAGAAGACCCAAGAACAAGUAGAGGACUGCAGGAUUUGGAAAAAUGCAGAAGAAACUGUACGAGUCCUUUCCGUUGCCCUUCCAAAUCACCGACAGCGGAUCGAAGUUUCAUUUGGUGCGACGGUGGACGAGGCUAAGGAUCAUCGUGUCCGUGUUGGAAUUAAUCUGCAGCAUGUUUCCGAUGCAAAAUUGGUUUCUGAUCGUGACGCUCCUUUGCCUACGUCGCGUUCAAGUUGGUUGGUGGUGGCACCCAUUCAGAUCAUAAGGGAGCGUCAGCUGGACAAAUCGAGUUCUGAAGGUACUCGCGCUGACGGUGGUGGACUAGACGGUCGAUCAGUGUCCACGUGGCUAGGUGACAAUUUGAAACAUUCCUACAAGUUUGCGGAGCAAAUUGUAGAGACUCCUUGGAAACCGUUGACAGUGAAUGUAGAAACAGCCGAGGACGAACAAUUUUCCGAGCUGCUACUCCCUGCCAAUAUUACGAUAAGCUAUACCUCUACAGUAUCGAACGAAGAUGGAUUGAUUUUACGAAUCGGGCACGUAUUCGAGGAAACGCGUCGCCAUGUGGUCAAAGUAGCCGUGGAAGCGGAUGGAAUAGCAAUUUCCAAGACAUGGGUGGAAGAAGGCUCCUAUGAAAAGGGAAAGACUCGCUGA